UCAUUCACACCGAAAAAGCAAAAAAGGAAAUCACCCAGCCACUCAUUCCCAAAAGUAUCAGUGAUCCGAUCCAAGCCAAGCCCCAGAGACUUCCAAUCAUUACAAACUGAAAAAGAGUUUAGCUCAUUGUUCAAGUCUUCUAUUUCAGUAUUCCUCCCUGAAUUCCCUUUCAACUGGCAACAAGUGACGAGCAAAAGAUCAAGCUUUGUUGUGGGUUGGGAAUUGCAGCUUGUUUCGUUGCAUCAACGAACUUUAGUUUUACUUUGAUUGCUCUACUUCUCCAACCAGAAAAGCAAAAAGCCAACUAAAUAAUAGGAAUGGAGUUGCUUUCAAAGAUUGUGGAGUACCCGAUUGAACUUGUUGGACGUCUACUGGGACGCCAAGUGGGUUAUGUAAUUCACUGCAGAACCAACAUUCAAAAGCUACAGCAUCAAGUGAAAGAAUUGAAAGCUGCCAGAGAGACGAUAAAGGAUAAGCUUGUUGAAGCUGAAACAAAAGGUGAAAAAAUACGACCUGAUGUCGAGUUGUGGCUGACAACAGUGGACGAGAUCACUGCAAAGACAGACGAAUUGUUGAAUGACGAAAGCCAAGCAAAGCUGAAAUGCCUCCAUGGCUUUUGUCCUAAUGUGACCGUCCGUCAUCGACUAAGCAGGAACUCAACAAAGUUGGCACAGGAGGUUGUCGAACACCAUGGAAAAAGUAGAUUAAUUUCUGAAGUUUCAGGUGGUUUUCAUCGGAAGGAGGUAUGGGAUGUAACUACCGGAGAUUACCAGGCCCUUGAAUCAAGGAUGUUAAUUGUGAAGAAAAUCAUGGAUAGUCUGAAAGACUUGGAUAUUCAGAGGAUUGGGGUGUGUGGAAUUGGGGGAGUGGGUAAAACCACAUUGGUCAAAGAAGUUUACAAGCAAGCUUCAGUAGAUAAAAAAUUAUUUGAUAAUGUGAUUAUCCUAUUAGAUGUGAAAAGUAACCCAGACCCGGAAGCAAUUCAAAAGAAGAUUGUUGAAAAGCUGGGCAUGGAGAUUCUUCCAACUGAAACUAAAGAAGGAAGAGCGACUCGGCUAUGUGCCGAGCCCAAGAUACAGGGCAAAAAGAUUCUUCUAAUUUUGGAUGACGUUCAAGAAAAGAUUGAGUUGGAGGAUUUGGGAGUUCCCCGUCUCCCAACUUGUAAAAUUUUGUUGACAUGUAGAACUCGAGAAGUUUUAUCGCUUGACAUGCAGGCGAAGAAAGUGUUUCAUCUUGAUCUUUUAGGUAAAGAAGAGACAUGGAGUUUGUUUAUGAAGAUGGCAGGAGAUGUUGUUGAACAGAAUCAUCGUGUACGAGAUGUAGCAAUCCAAAUAGCCGAAAAAUGUGGAGGUUUGCCCUUAUUAGUCAUCACAAUUGCAAGUGCAUUAAAAGAGAAAAAGAAAUUUCAAGCAUGGAAAGAUGCCUUGAGACGACUUAAAAGUUUUGAUAAAGAAGAGUCGACAAAAAAGGCAUAUUUGGCUCUGGAGUGGAGUUACAAUCAACUGGAUGACAAGGAGCUUAAACCAAUAUUCUUGCUCUGCGGAAUGUUAGUGGUGCAGAACAGUAUUUGUUUGCAAGACUUGCUGAAAUAUGGUAUGGGUUUAGGCUUGUUUAAAAACAUCUCUACGUUGGAAGAAGCACAAGAUUCCAUGGAUACAUUGAUAGAAAAACUGAAAGAUUCUUGCUUGUUGCUAGACGGUGAAACUGAGGGAUGGGUCAGAAUGCAUGAUCUUGUAUGUGAUGCUGCUAAUUGGAUUGCAUGCAAAGAUCAAUACAUAUUAUCAGUAGGAUAUGGAGGUGAGUUGAAGGGAUGGCCAGAAAGGGAUUGCUUGAAAAUCUGCACUAAAAUCUCUCUCCGAAGGAGCAAUAUUCCCACACUUUCUGAAAUACCCUUGGAAUGCCCAAAACUAGAAUUGUUUUGUUUGAACAGUGAAGAUGACUCGGUGGUAAUCCCAUCAAACUUUUUUAGUGAGAUGCGGAAACUCAAGGUGCUGGAUUUAACCAAUAUGCUUAUGCCAUCAUUGCCUUUAUCUCUUCAAUACUUGAAGACGCUUCAAACGUUGUGCUUAGAUCAAUGCACACUGGGAGAUAUGACUCUACUCGGGCAGCUAAGUAGCUUAGAAAUUCUUAGCCUUUUACGAUCCAAUGUUAAAGAAUUGCCUAGAGAAAUAGGGCAAUUGACUCGGCUUCGGCUGUUGGAUUUAUCUGGGUGUUCUCAACUUAAAGUGAUCUCACCUACUGUCAUAUCAAGCUUGGUGAGAUUGGAAGAUUUGAGAAUGAGAAACAGCUUUAACAAAUGGGAGGUUGAAGGUGAAAAUAGUAAUGCAAGCCUGUCUGAGCUAAAGCACUUGUCUCAGCUAUCCGCAUUAGAAAUACAUAUUCCGAAUGCUGACAUUCUUCCAGCAAACUUGUUCUCCCACAAGUUAGAGGGAUAUGAUAUUAUUAUUGGAGAUGCAUGGAAUGUGGGAUAUUAUAAGACUAAAGUGACUCGUAACACACUAAAACUCAAGCUCACUAACAACAAUGGAUUGGAUGAAGGCCUAAAAUCGUUGGUGAAGAGAUCUGAGGACUUGUCCUUAGAUCAGAGUGUUAUUAAUAUUGUCCAGCAAUUGGAUACCAAAGAUUUUGGGAAUGUGAAACAACUCCGACUCCAAAAAAAUAUUGACUUUGCAGAUAUCAUUAAUAGAAAGGUUGUAUUCCCAAAUCUGAUAACCUUGGAGGUGCAUGGAUGUGAUAAUUCAAGAUUUUUGUUCUCAUUUUCUAUUGCUAAAAGUUUUAAGCUACUCAAACAGCUGAAAAUAUCCACAUGUGAACUUUUGCAAGAGAUUGUAUCAUCAACAAGAGAAUGCAGUGAAGAAAAUAUGGAUAACAUGUUUUCCAAACUUAAUAGUUUGGAACUCAAAGCACUUCCAAACCUUGCUAGAUUUGGCACAGCAAAUUAUAUUGAAUUUCCAGUCUUGGAAAAAUUGGAGAUAGUUGCUUGUGUUAAAUUGGCGGAAUUCAUUGGCAAUAAAGUUGCUGCGAGUAGUAAAGAUACUAGAAUCUGCAAUGAAAUUGAACAGAGGAUUUUGGAAGAGGAAGAAAACCUUGAUGUUCGGAGCGAGACUGGUGUGCAAUAUAUCCUCUUUGACAAAAAGGUUGUAUUCCCAAAUUUAGUAAGCUUGACGGUGCAUGGAUGUGAUAAUUUAAGAUUUUUAUUCUCAUUUUCUGUGGCUAGAAGUCUUGUACUACUCGAACACCUGAAAAUAUCCUCAUGUGAACUUCUGCAAGAGAUUGUAUCAUCAACAAGAGAAUGCAGUGAAGAAAAUAUGGAUAACGUGUUUUCCAAACUUAAUAGUUUGGAACUCAAAGCACUUCCAAACCUUGCUAGAUUUGGCACAGCAAAUUAUAUUGAAUUUCCGGUCUUGGAAAAAUUGGAGAUAGUUGCUUGUGUUAAAUUGGUGGAAUUCAUUGGCAAUAAAGUUGCUGCGAGUAGUAAAGAUACUAGAAUCUACAAGGAAAUUGAACAGAGGAUUUUGGAAGAGGAAGAAAAGCUUGAUGUUCGGAGCGAGACUGGUGUGCAAUAUAUCCUCUUUGACAAAAAGGUUGUAUUCCCAAAUUUAGUAAGCUUGACGGUGCAUGGAUGUGAUAAUUUAAGAUUUUUAUUCUCAUUUUCUGUGGCUAGAAGUCUUGUACUACUCGAACACCUGAAAAUAUCCUUAUGUGAACUUCUGCAAGAGAUUGUAUCAUCAACAAGAGAAUGCAGUGAAGAAAAUAUGGAUAACAUGUUUUCCAAACUUAAUAGUUUGGAACUCAAAGCACUUCCAAACCUUGCUAGAUUUGGCACAGCAAAUUAUAUUGAAUUUCCGGUCUUGGAAAAAUUGGAGAUAGUUGCUUGUGUUAAAUUGGUGGAAUUCAUUGGCAAUAAAGUUGCUGCGAGUAGUAAAGAUACUAGAAUCUGCAAUGAAAUUGAACAGAGGAUUUUGGAAGAGGAAGAAAACCUUGAUGUUCGGAGCGAGACUGGUGUGCAAUAUAUCCUCUUUGACAAAAAGGUUGUAUUCCCAAAUUUAGUAAGCUUGACGGUGCAUGGAUGUGAUAAUUUAAGAUUUUUAUUCUCAUUUUUGGUGGCUAGAAGUCUUGUACUACUCGAACACCUGAGAAUAUCCUUAUGUAAACUUUUGCAAGAGAUUGUACCAUCAACAAGAGAAUGCAGUGAAGAAAAUAUGGAUAACAUGUUUUCCAAACUUAAUAGUUUGGAACUCAAAGCACUUCCAAACCUUGCUAGAUUUAGCACAGCAAAUUAUAUUGAAUUUCCGGUCUUGGAAAAAUUGGAGAUAGUUGCUUGUGUUAAAUUGGUGGAAUUCAUUGGCAAUAAAGUUGCUACGAGUAGUAAAGAUACUAGAAUCUGCAAGGAAAUCGAACAGAGGAUUUUGGAAGAGGAAGAAAACCUUGAUGUUCGGAGCGAGACUAGUGUGCAAUAUAUCCUCUUUGACAAAAAGGUUGUAUUCCCAAAUUUAGUAAGCUUGACGGUGCAUGGAUGUGAUAAUUUAAGAUUUUUAUUCUCAUUUUAUGUGGCUAGAAGUCUUGUACUACUCGAACACCUGAAAAUAUCCUCAUGUGAACUUCUGCAAGAGAUUGUAUCAUCAACAAGAGAAUGCAGUGAAGAAAUUAUGGAUAACAUGUUUUCCAAACUUAAUAGUUUGGAACUCAAAGCACUUCCAAACCUUGCUAGAUUUGGCACAACAAAUUAUAUUGAAUUUCCGGUCUUGGAAAAAUUGGAGAUAGUUGCUUGUGUUAAAUUGGUGGAAUUCAUUGACAAUAAAGUUGCUACGAGUAGUAAAGAUACUAGAAUCUGUAAGGAAAUUGAACAGAGGAUUUUUGAAGAGGAAGAAAAGCUUGAUGUUCGGAGUGAGACUGGUGUGCAAUAUAUCCUCUUUGACAAAAAGGUUGUAUUCCCAAAUUUAGUAAGCUUGACGGUGCAUGGAUGUGAUAAUUUAAGAUUUUUAUUCUCAUUUUCUGUGGCUAGAAGUCUUGUACUACUCGAACACCUGAAAAUAUCCUUAUGUGAACUUCUGCAAGAGAUUGUAUCAUCAACUAGAGAAUGCAGUGAAGAAAAUAUGGAUAACAUGUUUUCCAAACUUAAUAGUUUGGAACUCAAAGCACUUCCAAACCUUGCCAGAUUUGGCACAGCAAAUUAUAUUGAAUUUCCCGUCCUGGAAAAAUUGGAGAUAGUUGCUUGUGUUAAAUUGGUGGAAUUCAUUGGCAAUAAAGUUGCUACGAGUAGUAAAGAUACUAGAAUCUGCAAGGAAAUUGAACAGAGGAUUUUGGAAGAGGAAGAAAACCUUGAUGUUCGGAGCGAGACUGGUGUGCAAUAUAUCCUCUUUGACAAAAAGGUUGUAUUCCCAAAUUUAGUAAGCUUGACGGUGCAUGGAUGUGAUAAUUUAAGAUUUUUAUUCUCAUUUUUGGUGGCUAGAAGUCUUGUACUGCUCGAACACCUGAAAAUAUCCUCAUGUGAACUUCUGCAAGAGAUUGUAUCAUCAACAAGAGAAUGUAGUGAAGAAAAUAUGGAUAACAUGUUUUCCAAACUUAAUAGUUUGGAACUCAAAGCACUUCCAAACCUUGCUAGAUUUGGCACAGCAAAUUAUAUUGAAUUUCCCGUCUUGGAAAAAUUUGAGAUAGCUGCUUGUGUUAAAUUGGUGGAAUUCAUUGGCAAUAAAGUUGCUACGAGUAGUAAAGAUACUAGAAUCUGCAAUGAAAUUAAACAGAGGAUUUUGGAAGAGGAAGAAAAUCUUGAUGUUCGGAGCGAGACUGGUGUGCAAUAUAUCCUCUUUGACAAAAAGGUUGUAUUCCCAAAUUUAGUAAGCUUGACGGUGCAUGGAUGUGAUAAUUUAAGAUUUUUAUUCUCAUUUUCUGUGGCUAGAAGUCUUGUACUACUCGAACACCUGAAAGUAUCCUCAUGUGAACUUCUGCAAGAGAUUGUAUCAUCAACAAGAGAAUGCAGUGAAGAAAAUAUGGAUAACAUGUUUUCCAAACUUAAUAGUUUGGAACUCAAAGCACUUCCAAACCUCGCUAGAUUUGGCACAGCAAAUUAUAUUGAAUUUCCGGUCUUGGAAAAAUUGGAGAUAGUUGCUUGUGUUAAAUUGGUGGAAUUCAUUGGCAAUAAAGUUGCUACGAGUAGUAAAUAUACUAGAAUUUGCAAGGAAGUUGAACAGAGGAUUUUGGAAGAGGAAGAAAACCUUGAUGUUGGAGCGAGACUGGUUUGCAAUAUAUCCUCUUUGACAAAAAGGUAGGAUUUCCUAGCUUGGAGAGAUUGAGCAUCAUUGGGGCAAGGGAGCUGAAGGUAAUAUGGCAUGUCCAACUUGCUCGAUACUCUUUUCGGAGACUCAAGCAAGUUGAGGUUUGGGAAUGUGACAAUCUAAUAAGUUUGUUUCCGCCUAGUGUCAUGAAAAGAUUGAAUGCGCUCGAAACCUUGAAGACAUGGGAGUGCAAAUCACUAGAAGUGGUAUGCGAGGAAAUUGUUGUUACAGAAAAGGAACAAGAAGUUGUAGAAACAACACCUCCUCUAUUUGUAUUUCCAAAAAUAACAUCCGUGCAGUUGUGUAAUCUACCUCAACUUACGGGUUGCAUAAAUGCUUCACAGUUGCUAUCACUCAAACGAUUGGAGGUGAGGGGAUGUGAUAAAGUGGGAAUUUUUGCCGCAGAAUUUUCUCACUUUGGAAAGAAAUAUGAGAUGGAACCUCUAAUGACGUCUCAAAAGCCUUUAUUUCUAACCGACAAGGAUUCGUUCCUCGACUUGGAACGCUUAUCAUUGUUUGGCAUGGAAAUUUGGGAUGGACCACCCCCAGCGGAUCAGUUGGUGUUUAGCAAAUUAAAAUCAAUCUGCUUUUAUGGCAAUUGUGCACCUUUCUCCAAGCAAGCUUCGGUCCUUUUUCUCCAGAGUUUACAAAAUCUUGAAGAAAUUGCAAUGCGACAGAAUUCUUACGAAAGAAUUAGUGGUUGCACUACUAGGGAAGAAAUACAUGUUGGUGCAAUUGGGAGUGGGACCCUCCCCAGUGUAAGGAGUUUGACGCUGCGCUGGAUGGACCAAUUGAAGGAUCUAGAGAACGACAACUCCCAAUCACUACUUCUUCCAAAUUUGGAAACCCUUGAGCUGUGGUUUUGUUCCAGAUUAAAAAGUAUAGAGUCAUCCGCAAUAACCUUCCGGAAUCUUACAACUUUGAGAGUAUGGCAUUGCGAUGGAUUUGAAUAUAUAACAAGUUAUUCGGUGGCUAAAAGCUUAGUGCAGCUCAAAACAUUGGAGGUGGCCUCCUGUCAAAGUGUUGUAGUGAUAGUGGCAAGCAAUGUGGGAGACGAUGAUGCUGAUGAUGCCCCUGGAAAUGAGAUUGUUUUCAGCCACUUGCAACAUUUGGGUCUACUUAAUCUACCAAGGCUACAAGGCGUUUCCUCCGAAAAUUGCACAGUCAAAUUCCCAUCCUCCGUGACCUUAAGUGUAUAUUCAUGCCCGAUCAAGUUGAAGAUUUCCCCUAAUGGGGUCCUCCUAAGAGUAAUAGAGGAUCAAUCAUCAUCAAUGUGAGCAAAAAGGAGAUGAUGAUAUUGACAAUGAUGAUGAUGAUCAACAGAAAAAUGAUGUUGAAUCAGCUCGGAGAACUCCUAAAAUAUCAUCAGAAGAGCCUGCUCUCUAGAUGCUUCAACAGUACCCAUUUCAAAAUUGGCAAGCACCAUUCUUUCAUAUGCAGUCCUCGGCACCCUUGAUGUGCGUAGCUGCUGAUCUUAAUCUCGUUCAAGCUAUGCCGGUCCUGCUGAUCGGCACAUAUUGCUUGCGCGUAUGCAUAAAUUAGUUUGAUUUUUAAGUGAUUUGUAAAUAUAAAUCUGAUUUUCUCCCUCAUAGAGCAGUGUGAUCACUGUGAUGGUUAUCAGAGCUCUGGUCUUCCAAAGUGUGCCUCUGGUCCUGCCCAGCUUAGACAGUGAGACACUCGGUGAUUGAUCCUUGGGACUCCUCUCUUGUUUGGAUUGCGCUUUUUCUUUAUGUUUCUAUGCCUUGUGUGCGUGUUUUCACUGCUUCUAGUGUUGUAUUUGGUGCUUCAAUUCUUUGUAUUAUGUCUGACUGAUAGAUGAAGUACCAUACACUAAUAUUGAGUAGACUUUUCUCCUCUCUUCUUUAGUAAAAGAAUUUCUCCAGGUUGUGAUCA